AGGUGGACCACAUGCAUGAGUACUCUCACCGACUCUGUCCUCCUCCAGAUUCGUGCAUUUGGUCCUCCCAACAGUAAACCAGUGAUCUUUAUAAAGUGGCUAUCCGAUUUCCCGUACCCUUCACUCAUAUACUACUUUGUCCAUCUCCUUAAAAGGCGGCUUUUCUCUUCCAACCGUGCCUCUGAAAAGCCUCUCUUUCAUCCAUUAAUGGCUGCUUUAAGAAGCUUCUUCAAGAAAAGAUCCCUUAUUGAAUGCAAUUACGCUGUUAUUAACAGGAAGUUCUCGACCCAAACCGUCUUUGAUUCUUCUUUUGCUCAAAGAAUCAGAGAUCUGCCCAAAGAUCUUCCUGGCACCAAUAUCAAAAGAGAAGUUUCUCAACUCAUUGGGAGAACUCCUCUUGUAUAUCUUAACAAAGUCACUGAAGGAUGUGGAGCUUAUAUUGCUGCCAAGCAAGAAAUGAUGCAACCCACUGCUAGCGUCAAAGACAGGCCAGCAUUUGCCAUGUUCGCAGAUGCAGAAAAGAAAAACCUAAUUACUCCUGGGAAGACAACUUUGAUAGAGCCCACAUCAGGAAAUAUGGGAAUCAGUAUGGCAUUUAUGGCAGCCAUGAAAGGAUACAAAAUGGUUCUAACCAUGCCCUCUUACACAAGCUUGGAGAGGAGGGUGACAAUGAGAGCAUUUGGAGCUGAUUUAAUUCUCACUGAUCCCACCAAGGGAAUGGGGGGAACGGUUAAGAAGGCAUACGACCUUUUAGACUCUACACCAAAUGCUUUCAUGCUCCAACAAUUUUCAAAUCCUGCCAACACCCAGGUGCAUUUUGAAACUACAGGUCCUGAGAUAUGGGAGGAUACAAGUGGACAAGUUGACAUUUUUGUCAUGGGAAUUGGUAGUGGAGGCACUGUCUCUGGAGUCGGACAGUACCUUAAAUCCCAAAAUCCUAAUGUUAAGAUAUAUGGAGUGGAGCCUUCUGAAAGUAACGUAUUGAAUGGUGGUAAACCAGGUCCUCAUCAAAUUACUGGCAAUGGAGUUGGAUUCAAACCAGAUAUUUUGGACAUGGAUGUAAUGGAAAAAGUUCUUGAGGUUAGUAGCGAGGAUGCAGUUAACAUGGCCAGAGAAUUAGCUCUCAAGGAGGGACUUAUGGUAGGAAUAUCAUCAGGAGCCAAUACAGUUGCAGCAAUCAGACUUGCUAGAAUGCCAGAGAACGAAGGCAAACUUAUUGUGACUGUUCAUCCAAGUUUCGGAGAGCGAUACUUGUCAUCUGUCCUGUUUCAAGAACUGAGGAAAGAGGCUGAAAACAUGCAACCCGUUGCAGUUGACUAAAGGGUUUUGCUCAAAUAAACAGCAGUGGAAUUACAUGCAGAAAUGUCUAUUUUCUGUUUAUUUUUUGUUUGCUUGCUUGAUGAGGUGUUUAGCUUUCUGAGCACCUUGAACAGCUCCUUAUCUCUUCAACAUACUUGCUAGUAGUUUGUGUUGUAUCAAGAUAGAUGUUGUUAUUGGCUAUGUAACAUGUGAGAAAUUUAACAAGCAAUUAAUAAUUAAGUUGUAUAAUUUGAGAAA